CGUCAGCAGGAAAACACACUCUCUUCUCUGUUUUUUCUGUCUUCUGACUGUCAAGGACCUCCACCCUCAACCAUGGGUGAUGCCCUGAUGGCUGAGUUUGGGAAGGCUGCUCCCUACCUGAGGAAGUCAGACAAGGAGCGUCUGGAGGCUCAGACCAGACCUUUUGAUAUCAAAGUUGAAUGUUUUGUAGUUGACGAUAAAGUAGAAUAUGUAAAGGGACAAAUCCAGAGCAAAGAUGGAGGGAAGGUGACUGUCAAGAAGGAUGAUGGAACAACGGUGACAGUAAAGGACUCUGAUGUUCACCCCCAAAACCCGCCGAAGUUCGAUAAAAUUGAAGACAUGGCAAUGUUCACAUUUCUCCAUGAGCCCGCUGUGCUGUUUAACCUCAAAGAGCGUUAUGCAGCUUGGAUGAUCUACACCUAUUCUGGGCUUUUUUGCGUCACUGUUAACCCCUACAAGUGGUUGCCUGUCUACGACGCUGAGGUGGUGGCCGCCUACAGGGGAAAGAAGAGGACCGAGGCUCCCCCUCAUAUUUUCUCAAUCUCUGAUAACGCCUACCAGUACAUGCUAACUGAUAGGGAGAACCAGUCUGUCCUUAUCACCGGAGAAUCUGGAGCAGGAAAGACGGUGAACACCAAAAGAGUCAUCCAGUACUUUGCCAGCAUUGCUGCAGUCGGGGGAGGAGGCAAAAAAGACACCAGCAAGGGGACACUGGAGGAUCAAAUCAUCCAGGCGAAUCCAGCGCUGGAGGCAUUUGGCAACGCCAAAACGGUAAGAAAUGACAACUCAUCUCGAUUUGGAAAAUUCAUACGGAUUCAUUUUGGCACCAGUGGCAAACUGUCAUCUGCUGACAUUGAGACAUACCUGCUGGAGAAGUCACGUGUCACCUUUCAGCUCAAGGCUGAGAGGAACUAUCACAUCUUCUACCAGAUCCUGUCCAAUCAGAAGCCAGAGCUGCUGGACAUGUUGCUGAUUACUAACAACCCAUAUGACUACUCCUACAUCUCCCAAGGAGAGGUAACGGUCGCCUCCAUCAAUGAUGCAGAGGAGCUGAUGGCUACCGACAGUGCCUUCGAUGUGCUCGGCUUCACUCCAGAGGAGAAGAUGGGCGUCUAUAAGUUGACUGGUGCCAUCAUGCACUAUGGAAACAUGAAGUUCAAACAGAAGCAGCGAGAGGAGCAGGCUGAACCUGACGGGACAGAGGCGGCUGAUAAAUCAGCUUACUUAAUGGGGCUGAACUCUGCUGACCUCAUCAAAGGGCUGUGCCAUCCUAGAGUCAAGGUAGGGAAUGAAUAUGUCACCAAAGGUCAAAGUGUGGACCAAGUCUACUACUCCAUCGGUGCUCUGGCUAAGUCAGUGUAUGAGAAGAUGUUCAACUGGAUGGUGGUGAGAAUCAACCAAUCACUGGACACUAAACAGCACCGUCAGUACUUCAUAGGAGUGCUGGACAUCGCUGGAUUUGAGAUCUUUGAUUUCAACACAUUUGAGCAGCUGUGCAUCAACUUCACCAAUGAGAAACUGCAACAGUUUUUCAACCAUCACAUGUUUGUUCUGGAGCAAGAAGAAUACAAAAAAGAAGGAAUCGACUGGGAGUUCAUUGACUUUGGGAUGGAUUUGCAGGCCUGUAUUGACCUGAUUGAGAAGCCUCUGGGCAUCAUGUCAAUAUUGGAGGAGGAAUGCAUGUUUCCUAAAGCCAGUGACCAGACCUUCAAAUCAAAGCUCUAUGAUAAUCACCUGGGCAAGAACAAAAUGUUUGAGAAGCCGAGGGCAGCAAAAGGAAAAGCAGAGGCUCAUUUUGCCCUCGUUCACUAUGCUGGCACAGUGGACUACAACAUCAGCGGCUGGCUGGUCAAAAACAAAGACCCUCUGAAUGAAACUGUGGUUGGUCUUUUUCAGAAAUCCUCUCUUAAGCUUCUCAGUCUGCUAUUUUCAAGCUAUUCUGGAGCUGAUAGUGGAGACAAAGGAGGUGGCAAAGGAGCCAAGAAGAAAGGCUCUUCAUUUCAGACAGUGUCUGCUCUUCACAGGGAAAACCUGAGCAAGCUGAUGAAUAAUUUGAAGACCACUCAUCCCCACUUUGUCCGCUGUCUGAUUCCUAAUGAGAAGAAAACUCCAGGAGUCAUGGACAACUGCCUUGUGAUGCACCAGCUGCGGUGUAACGGUGUCCUAGAAGGCAUCAGGAUCUGCAGGAAGGGUUUCCCAAACAGGGUCCUUUAUGGUGACUUUAAGCAGCGGUACAGGAUCCUGAAUGCCUCUGCCAUCCCAGAAGGUCAGUUUAUUGACUGCAAAAAAAGUGCUGAAAAGUUGCUGGGAUCCCUGGACAUCGACCACACUCAGUACAAGUUUGGCCACACAAAGGUUUUCUUUAAAGCUGGGCUGCUAGGAACUCUGGAGGAGAUGCGAGAUGAGCAGCUUUCUCGAAUCAUCACCAGGAUCCAGGCCAAUGCUCGUGCCAUUCUCAUGAGGGCACAGUUUGCUAAGCUUGUGGAACGUAGGGAUGCCCUAAUGGUCAUCCAAUGGAACCUUCGGUCUUUUCUGGGUGUGAAGAACUGGCCAUGGAUGAAGCUCUUCUUUAAAAUUAAACCUCUGCUAAAGAGUGCUGAGUCUGAGAAGGAGAUGGCCAACAUGAAGGAUGAAUUCAACAAGUUGAAAGAAGCUCUGGAGAAAUCCGAAGCAAGACGGAAGGAACUAGAGGAGAAAAUAGUGACUCUUCUCCAAGAGAAGAAUGAUCUGACUCUUCAAAUUCAGUCUGAACAGGACACUUUAACAGAUGCAGAAGAACGCUGUGAACAGCUUAUAAAAAGCAAAAUUCAACUAGAGGCCAAGCUCAAAGAGAUGGCUGAAAGACUGGAGGAUGAAGAGGAGCUGAACGCUGAUCUUACAGCAAAGAAACGAAAGCUUGAAGAUGAAUGCUCUGAGCUGAAGAAGGAUAUAGAUGAUCUGGAGCUAACUUUAGCCAAGGUGGAAAAAGAGAAACAUGCUACAGAGAAUAAGGUGAAAAACCUAACGGAGGAGAUGGCUUCCCAGGAUGAGAACAUCAUGAAGCUGACCAAAGAGAAGAAAGCACUUCAGGAGGCUCACCAGCAGACACUGGAUGACCUGCAGAGUGAAGAAGAUAAAGCCAACAGCUUGACAAAAGCUAAAGCUAAACUAGAGCAACAGGUGGAUGAUCUGGAGGGCUCACUGGAGCAAGAGAAAAAAGUCAGAAUGGACCUGGAGCGCUCAAAGAGGAAGCUCGAAGGAGACGUGAAACUGACCCAGGAGAGUUUGAUGGACUUGGAGAAUGACAAACAACAGCUCGAGGAAAAACUGAAGAAAAAAGACUUUGAGAUCACCCAAGUAACUUCAAGACUCGAAGAUGAGCAGGUUGCUUCGGUUCAGCUUCAGAAGAAGCUGAAAGAAAACCAGGCAAGAAUUGAGGAGCUUGAGGAAGAGCUGGAUGCUGAGCGUGCAGCCCGGGCCAAAGUGGAGAAGCAGCGCUCUGAUCUUUCCCGAGAGCUGGAGGACAUCAGCGAACGUCUGGAGGAAGCUGGUGGAGCCACAUCAGCUCAGGUGGAGCUGAAUAAGAAGAGAGAUGCUGAAUUUCAGAAGCUGCGCAGGGAACUGGAGGAAUCCACCCUCCAACACGAGUCUAUUGCUGCAUCUCUGAGAAAGAAACAUGCCGACAGUGUUGCUGAACUGGGAGAACAGAUCGAUAAUCUGCAACGUGUUAAGCAGAAACUUGAGAAGGAAAAGAGUGAGCUGAAGCUGGAGCUGGAUGACUUGUCUUCUAACAUGGAGAGUGUGGUGAAGGCGAAGUCAAACAUUGAGAAGAUGUGCCGCACAAUGGAAGACAACAUGAAUGAGUACAAGUGUAAAUAUGAAGAGGCUCAACGGAGCAUCAAUGACUUGACAACCCAGAGAGCCAAGCUUCUCACAGAGAAUGGUGAGUUUGGACGCCAGCUGGAGGAAAAAGAGUGUCUGAUAUCACAACUGACCAGAGGAAAGAACUCCUACAACCAGCAGGUUGAAGAUCUACGCAGACAGCUGGAGGAAGAAGUGAAGGCCAAGAAUGCCCUCGCCCAUGCUGUUCAGUCUGCCCGUCAUGACUGUGAUCUGCUCCGAGAGCAGUUCGAAGAGGAGCAGGAAGCCAAGGCUGAGCUACAAAGAGCCCUGUCCAAGUCCAACACUGAGGUUGCAGCAUGGAGGACUAAAUAUGAAACUGAUGGGAUCCAAAGAACAGAGGAGCUGGAAGAAGCAAAAAAGAAGCUGGUCCAGAGACUGCAGGAGGCCGAGGAGGCCAUCGAGGCCGUGAAUGCAAAGUGUUCAUCUCUCGAGAAGACCAAACACCGCCUUCAAAAUGAGAUUGAAGACCUGAUGCUGGACCUUGAAAGAUCUAAUGCAGCAUCUGCAGCACUAGACAAAAAACAAAGAACCUUUGACAAAGUCUUGGCAGAGUGGAAGCAAAAGUUUGAGGAGUCACAGUGUGAAUUAGAGGCCUCCCAGAAGGAGGCUCGGUCUCUGAGCACUGAACUCUUCAAAUUGAGGAAUGCUUAUGAGGAAUCACUGGAUCAACUUGAGACCAUGAAGAGAGAGAACAAGAACCUCCAAGAGGAGAUCUCUGACCUUACUGAUCAGCUUGGAGAAGGCGGACGGAGUGCACAUGAACUGGAAAAGAUCCGAAAGCAGCUUGAACAAGAAAAGGCUGAGCUCCAGUCAGCUCUGGAGGAGGCAGAAGGUUCUCUAGAACAUGAAGAAAGCAAGAUCCUCAGAGCCCAGCUAGAGUUCAACCAAGUGAAGGCUGACAUGGAGCGCAAAGUGGCUGAGAAAGAUGAGGAAAUGGAGCAGGCCAAAAGGAACUACCAACGGAUGCUCGAGUCUCUUCAGUCUUCUUUGGAAUCUGAGACCAGGAGCCGAAAUGAGGCCCUUAGAGUCAAGAAGAAGAUGGAGGGUGACCUGAAUGAAAUGGAGAUCCAGCUGAGCCAAGCUAACAGGCAAGCAGCCGACGCCCAGAAACAGCUCAAGAGCCUACAGGCAUUCCUAAAGGACGCUCAGCUCCAGCUGGACGACAGCCAGCAUGGCAAUGAUGAUCUGAGAGAAAACAUUGGUCUGCUUGAACGGCGAAACAACCUGAUCCAGGCUGAGCUGGAGGAAGUGAGGGCUGCCCUUGAACAGACGGAGAGAAGUCGGAAACUGGCUGAGCAGGAGCUGACUGAUGCAACAGAGCGGAUGCAGCUCCUCCACUCGCAAAAUACCAGCCUGAUCAACCAGAAGAAGAAACACGAAACUGACCUCCUCCACCUGCAGAAUGAGAUGGAGGAGGCUAUACAGGAGAAUCGCAAUGCUGAGGAGAAAGCAAAGAAGGCCAUCACAGAUGCAGCCAUGAUGGCUGAGGAGUUGAAGAAGGAGCAGGACACCAGCGCACAUCUGGAGCGCAUGAAGAAAAACAUGGAGCAGACCAUCAAAGACCUGCAGCAUCGACUGGACGAGGCCGAGCAGAUCGCUAUGAAGGGCGGCAGAAAGCAGCUCCAGAAACUGGAGGCUCGCAUCAGAGAGCUGGAGAAUGAGCUGGAGGUAGAGCAGAAGAGGGGAACAGAGUCCAUUAAGGGGGUUCGCAAGUAUGAACGGCGAAUCAAAGAGCUCACCUACCAGACUGAGGAAGACCGCAAGAACAUGGCUCGCCUUCAGGACCUGGUGGACAAGCUGCAGCUCAAGGUCAAGUCCUACAAACAUGCAGCUGAGGAGGCAGAGGAGGCAGCCAACAGCAACAUGGCUAAACUCCGCAAGCUGCAGCACGAGCUGGAGGAAGCUGAGGAGAGGGCCGACAUAGCCGAGUCGCAGGUGAAUAAGCUGAGGGCGAAGACCAGGGACGGCUCCUCCAAGAAGGGCCUGGAUGAGUGACAAGAUCCCAGAAGUCAAUGUCACAGGUGUUCCUAUUGCUGGAUGUUUGAUCCCAAAGCUGCCGUGGAACCUGAAACCAACAGCAACACGUUUUAUCGCCAUUACAAGUAACAUAUGUAGUUGUAGUGUUAAUUAUCCUACUUAUCAUUUGAAACUGGGUAGUCUGAGUGUUCAAGUUAAACUAUUCUCACUGGUGUUGACCAACCCUGUCUGUCUGGGUUUGUUUACUUUUGGUUUUAAGUCACUUUCUGGUUAGGUUUAUACACCAAAACUGCACUGUGAAGUUUAAGAAAAUAUCAAGCUUGUUUGGACACUUUCACACGUUAGAAGCUUGGUGAAAAUUAGGCAUCAAAAUUAUUGGGUUAGGAUUUGGAAAAAUGCCAUGGCUUGGUUUAAAAUACGACAGAUUCACUAUUUUUAUAAGCCUUUCCUCCUUUUUCUUGGUUACCAGGAUGUUUGAGAAAUACUUGUACAGAAACAUAAUUAUGCGGAGACUUUGUUGUUUUGACAUGAUGCCCAAUUGAAAGCCAAGACAUCACCAAUGAGGUUUGAGGAAGUUUAACUGGAGUCAUGAAGUUUGUCUUCGAAGGGUUCGUGUGGUUUGUAUGUCAUGCUCUCUCAGGUAGAAAUGUCAUAAAAGAAGAACUCAUGCUUCUUAAAUGUUCUGUGUGGUAGGAAACAGAUUGUUUAGAGAAAAGAUGGGAAAAAAAUACAAUUUCUGUACGUUGUCAUCUCUCUGUGGACACCUGGGAGUCUGUUCUGUCUUCUGCCUUCUGAGCAAACAUACGAACAUCUGAGUUUAGAUCCUCCAUGUUUAAUAUCAUUCUGCAGCCACUUUGAUAAUGAAUUGUACCUCUCCUCCUGAUCUAAAGCUUGUCCAUCUUCAUCUUUUAGAAUUUUUAGCAAAGUUUUAACUCACACGUGGAACUAAAAACACAAAUGAUGCUCUUGCAGGUUCUUCAUAAUGCACCUCCCAGUUUAGCAGCCACUGGAUUAAGGAUGUGUUAGCUUCACAAGUUGAUUAACUGCCAUGUUCAGUUCACUGUUUACCUGAAGUAUUCAAGACUCCAGACAGCCAAUCAGAGAGCAGCAUUUUCCAUCGUUUAGGAGAAAAUUUAAAUGUAACUGAAAACCCCUUAUCUCAGCAUCAGUUCAGCUGAUCCAAGUUUCACUAAUGUUUGAUUUUAUGCUGCUUUUGUUAAUUUAAUCUGAUGUUUGUAAGCUCUGUGAUGUUUAAGACUCAUACCAAGGAUAAUCAGUUAUUGAAUUCAAGUACGGCCAGCAUCUUGUUUUCGUUUUUUUUUCUGAAUCUAUUACAAUCGAUUAUGACAUGCUAUCAUUAAUCUGUAGAGAAAUAAAUUCCUGCUGAGCACUGAGAGCUCAUCUGUGUUCACUCUUCUUUAAAAAAAUGACCACGUGUUUUCCUACUUACUGUUUCAAAGGUUCAUAGAUGAAACUCAAAUCUGAGUGCCUUAAAAAUGAUGUCAACCAAGCAAUAUAUUAUGCAACUGAACACAUUAAAAGCACCAUAAAUGAUCUAAAUGUCCACAGUUUGCUAAAGAAACUUACAGUGUUAACAUGGCCAUAUGAUAUUUUUUAAUAUGCUAUAAAACAGACCUAUAACUGAGUAUUUCCACCUUGAAGCUGCAAUGUACUAAUGACAGAUUGAGACAGCCAAAAUUUCUGAACAAACCGAAGAAAACAAUCCUGUUUAACUGCAGGGUGGGACUUUCUGUAUCAUUAUUGGAUCCGUAAUAAAUACAUCAAUGUGUAACUUUGA